AUGUGGGAGAAAUGUGGGAUCCGUUUUUUCGUGCUGCCGAUGCUGGAGUGCACAGUAAAGAAUGGCAGUUGGGGGAAAAAAGGCAUGAAAGUAUCCUGGAAGCCCGUGAACAAAGCAGUAAGUGCUCAGUGCUGCUUGCUAAAAAUAUCUUUUCUUUUUUUGAUAGAUUCUGGAAGUUACAGCCAAUCUGGGGAACAGAAGCAGAGCUAUUCAUCAUACGGCAGUCAAAAUUAUGGACAAGGACCACAGGGUUAUUCUGGCUAUGGGCAAAGUGGAGAGAGUUCCUCUUAUGGACAGAACUGUACAAGUUAUCCAGGAACCUAUGGACAAAGUCAAACAGCUUAUGGACACACUUCACAACAGGGAUAUGGUGGUGGUUCUGGUUAUGAAAAUCAGAGCUCCUAUGGUCAACAAUCUUACGGCAACCAGGAACAACAAAAAGAAUCAUCAGGAGGUGGAAGAUCCUCUUCAUAUGAACCCAAGUCAAGCUAUGGUCAGCCGUCAAACUAUGGUCAGCAGCAAGGCUCAUAUGACCAGCAGUCAAACUAUGGCCAGCAGCAGGGCUCAUAUGACCAACAGUCAAACUAUGACCAGCAACAAGGUUCAUACGGUCAGCAUGAGAAGUCCUAUCAAUCGCAGCAAAAGGAAAGCUACAGUCACAACACACAAGAUGGUCGCCGUGAAAAGAGUAGGUAUGGAGAAGAUAAUAGAGGAUAUGGCGGCUCACAGGGAGGCGGUAGAGGGGGAUAUGACGUGGAUGGAAGAGGUCACAUGUCAGGAUUAACUGGUGGUGACCGUGGUGGCUUCAAAAAUUUUGGUGGUCAGAGGGAUUAUGGACAGAAAUCAGAUGCUGAUACAGAAUCUGACAACUCUGAUAACAACACCAUCUUUGUGCAAGGACUUGGAGAAGGUGUUUCAGCAGAUGAAGUGGCUGAAUAUUUCAAGCAAAUAGGUAUUAUAAAGACUAACAAAAAGACUGGCAAGCUUAUGAUAAAUCUAUAUACAGAUAAGGAUACAGGCAAACCAAAAGGAGAAGCAACAGUGUCUUUUGAUGACCCUCCUUCUGCAAAAGCAGCCAUUGACUGGUUUGAUGGAAAAGAAUUCCAGGGCAAUGUUAUCAAAGUUUCUUUUGCAACCAGAAGGCCUGAAUUUCAGAGAGGUGGUGGCAGUGGUCGUCGAGGAUCACGAGGUGGCUUUGGAAGAGGUGGGGGCUUUGGAAGAGGUGGAGGCUUCCAGGGUAGAGGUGGGGAUCCCAAAAAUGGUGAUUGGAUUUGUCCUAACCCGAGCUGUGGUAAUAUGAACUUUGCUCGCAGGAAUUCCUGCAAUCAGUGUAAUGAGCCCAGACCAGAAGAGUCACGUCCAUCAGGUGGAGAUUUCCACGGGAGAGGUGGUUUUGGAGGUGAAAGAGGAUACAGAGGGCGUGGUAGCAGAGGGGGCGACCGAGGUGGUGGCUAUGGUGGUAAAAUGGGAGGAAGAAACGACUUCAGAAAUGACCAGCGCAACAGGCCAUACUAGAGACCGCUGGGAAUGUUCUGUUUGUCUCUGACACAGUCAGUAGAGCUUUGCCUGCUGCUUUACCCAUGGCCUCUUUUGGAUGGCAAAUUACGCGGAAUUGGAUUUAUAUUUUAGUGGGAGGGACUGGGACAGUUUCUUUUAGUUUUUCUUUCCAGCAAGUCCAUUGAAAUUUCAUCUUUAAUUUCCAACGUUUUCCUGAUUUCACUCUUUCAGCUCUUCAGCAGCCUAUAAGAAAGAACAGAAUGAAUUGUAAAAUAUUGCCAGAAUCGAAUGUUUUGUAAUACAACAAUAAAAACUGAUUGUUUUAUUUGUGAAAUAUUA